UUACACUUCCACAUUGUACUCUGGCCUCUGCAAAAAAUUCAAGUCUUGUAACCUCUUUAAUGUAACACACAUUAGUAAUACAUUGCGUUAAAUAUAUAUAGAAUUUAUUGUCAAGUUAAAGUUCCAAUUUGCUGUUGAUCAAUUUUCUAAACUCAUGUCACCUCCUGAUACAAAUUCUUCCAGAGUGAUCACUUCAAAAUAUCCAAGAAGAGCCAGACCACAUCCUGUUCACUUCACAAGCAGUUGAAUAUGGUUGCUUCUUUCUCCGAGCACAGAGACAGCUAGAAAAGGUUUUGGACCUACGUGAAAGGUUUAUUGAAACAUAAACAGUGAAGGCAUUACUUGGUGUGAGAGAAGACAAACUGACAUCUCGUAAUGGCAGACAAAGUGAAUGAAUUGCGAUUUUUCUAUGGCAAUAUCACUCGAGAAGAGGCCGAAGACUACCUCAGGCAGAGUGGAAUGAGUGACGGACUGUAUCUGCUUCGACAGAGCCGUAACUAUCUUGGUGGCUUUGCUCUAUCUGUGGCCUACAGUAGGCAAUGUUACCAUUAUACUAUAGAGAGAGAAUUGAGCGGUACUUACGCUAUUGCGGGGGGAAAAUCUCACAAAACUCCUAGCGAUGUCAUUGACUAUCACGCGCAGGAGUCAGAUGGACUUGUGUGCCUUCUCAAAAAACCUUGUAACAGGCCUAGAGGAAUGCAGCCAAAAGUAGGACCAUUUGAAGACUUAAAAGAACAACUCAUUAAAGAAUAUGUGCAACAAACAUGGAACUUAAGGGGUGCUGCUCUUGAGCAAGCCAUUAUCAGCCAGAGACCACAGCUGGAGAAAAUGAUCGCCACCACUGCUCACGAGAAGAUGCCCUGGUUCCACGGUUGUAUAUCCAGGGAGGGCUCUGAGCCCCGCCUCCUCCAGUCACCAAGGAUAAACGGCAAAUUCUUAAUAAGGGAACGAGACAACAAUGGCUCAUAUGCUCUCUGUCUCUUGCAUGAGGGCAAAGUUCUUCACUAUCGAAUUGAUAAAGACAAGACUGGGAAGCUUUCGAUACCCGAUGGAAAGAAGUUUGACACACUUUGGCAGCUAGUAGAGCACUAUUCCUACAAGUCUGAUGGACUUCUCAGAGUUCUUACAGAGGCAUGUCCACGGCCCGACUUUGCUGCAGGCAGUAUAAAUAUAGGCCCGCCACGACUUCCUGACCAUCACCCUAGAGGUGCCACAGGUGGGAUUAUCUCCAGAAUCAAAUCCAUCACAAAGACUGGCAGCAGAAAGGCUGCCACUGCUCACCAAAAUACUUAUGAACCUAGUGUGGCAAGAAAUAAAAUCAAAGCAGUACUUUCUCCAGAGGCAAUGCCUAUGGACACAAGUGUUUAUGAAAGUCCCUAUGCAGACCCUGAAGAACUGAAACCAAAAACAGUUCACCUGGACCGCAAACAGCUCUAUUUGGAAGAUGGGGAGCUUGGUUCUGGAAACUUUGGAAAAGUCAUGAAAGGAAUUUAUAAAAUGACAAAGACUGAAAAACCUGUAGCUGUUAAAAUCCUGAAGAAUGAUGACAAUGACCCAGCUGUGAAGGAGGAGAUGCUUCGAGAAGCCAACGUGAUGCAGCAGCUGGACAAUCCUUACAUUGUGCGAAUGAUUGGAAUCUGCGAUGCAGAAAACCUGAUGCUGGUUAUGGAACUAGCAGAACUGGGACCUCUUAACAAAUAUCUGCAGAAACACAAGCACAUAACUGUGAGGAAUAUCACAGAAUUAGUCCACCAGGUAUCUAUGGGAAUGAAGUACCUCGAAGAUAACAACUUUGUUCACAGAGAUUUAGCUGCCAGGAAUGUGCUAUUAGUCACUCAGCACUACGCGAAAAUCAGUGACUUCGGACUGUCCAAAGCAUUAGCAGCAGAAGAGAACUAUUACAAAGCCAAAACUCAUGGAAAAUGGCCGGUGAAGUGGUAUGCUCCAGAAUGCAUUAAUUUCUUCAAGUUUUCCAGCAAAAGUGACGUAUGGAGCUUUGGUGUUUUGAUGUGGGAAGCAUACUCCUAUGGACAGAAGCCAUACAAAGGGAUGAAAGGAAACGAAGUUUUGCAAAUGAUUGAACGUGGAGAUAGGAUGGAAGCACCUGCUGAGUGCCCGUCUGAAGUUUAUGACAUCAUGCGCAAGUGCUGGACCUAUAAGACUGACGAGAGACCUGGAUUUCACGCUGUUGAAGGAAGGCUAAGAGAUUACUACUAUGAUAUUUCACAAUGAUAACAUUUUCUGGGGUUGUAUAGGUAGCUUAAUAACUGUGCCAUUUUUAGAAAUAUUAUAAGAUUUACUGGCAUUUGACAUCUUUAUUUUAUUGCUUUUAGAAAUCUCUGUUGCUCGGUAUGGCCCAGUUUUUUUUUUAAAAAGUGACAAUUUUUAGCAAUUUAUCCCAUACAUUUUUAUCUAACCAAACAUUUAACAGAACUGUAGAAGGCAUAUACUGUAUUGCAGUAAAAAAAAAAACUUGUAAAAGAAGGUGAAAGGAUCUCAAAGUGUGUAAUUCACUUUCCAAUAAACUAUGAAUUCUGUUAUUCUGUGUGCUUAAUUCAGCUCCAGCUUUUUAAUGGCAAACAAUUAUAUGACGUGUUGUUUUUAUUAUUACAGAGCAAUUUUGACAUCAUCUGUUGUCCUUAAUUAUCUAACUUUAUCAGAUUUAUAUAUACAGUAAAUGAUAAUAUAAAUAAUAAAUGUAUCAUUUUUUUAUAUUAUAUGAACAUUAUUUUUUCUCUUUUUGAUUGGUUUUAGGGACAGCAAACAAGGAACACUUGAAUUAAUUUAUUUAAACCAAAAGGGUUUUUUUGCAUUCCUGCCCAAAAAUACAUUUGCAUUAUUUAAUAAGCUGGAAUUGAAAGAAAUGACUUGUUGUGAAUUGAAUUUUACUCAUUUCUUUUGCCUUGCCCAUCAUUUAUGAAGAAAUAAAUAUACAUUUUGAAUAACAGAUAUCUUGUUUCUAUACAUUACGAUUCUACACCAAAUGUGUAUAUUAUCUGUGCAUAAUCAGAUAUCCUUCAGUGCAAAAGAUUGUUAUAAAUAUUUCAACAGUAAUUUAAUUUUCAUUAUUAAAUUAUGUCUACACAUUUUUUGUGAUGGCAUCCUGCACAAUCAUUCUUCCUCUGCUCUAGGAGUCGUUAAUUCAGGACAAGAAUAACCGUAAUGUGUGUCAUUCUACUUUCCCUUUGUUACAAAAUGGUUAUGGACUUCCAAUAUAAUUGGUGCAAUAUAAUUGUUCAAAGUUGCAUUGUAGAGAUGCCAUCCCUUUUAAUUUCAAUAGUUCUUUCUUUCCUGUUCAAACCUGACAAAAUAACACCCACCUCCCAAAGGGAGACAAUUAUAAAACUUAAAUAGCAUCUUCAUGUAGAAAUAUUAUGCAGGAACAUUUAUAACACAUUUAAGAAGUAAAAAGGAUAGUUGCUCAUUAUGGACAAUAUGCCUUGUAAUGUCAGUGAGUGUUCAUCUUUGUAGUAGUCAUUUUAAUUAGGCAGAGGACUUUUCUGUUGAAAAGGAACACAUGCUAAUAUCAAGUCAGUUCUCCAAGAGAUAAAGUGUAGUUUUGUUGUAAAUAUGUUCAUUAUUGGCUAAAAGAAGAUACAACUAGUUUACGUUUUACUAUCUUAAGGAGAUUUUUUACUAAGCCACUUUUUUAUUAUAAUCCAGCACAUUGAAAGAAUACUUACAUUGUUGAAAAGUGAAUGUUAUUUUCCAUUUACAGUAUGUUACCUUGACAUUUUUAUGAUAAUGUUAAUGAGAAUGUUAGUUUGAUUCCUAUACAGAAAGUGUUAAAUUAAUAUUUAAAUAUUUCAAAAAUACAUUUUGACCAUAAAGGCAAAUAAUUUUGAAUUCAUUGUAAAAAAGACUGAAUGUUUUCACAUGUUAGUAUGGCUAUUUUGUUAAAUAAGUAACUGCAGAGGUUAUGCUUUUUGUUACACUGUAGGAGUUUAUUAAAUAACAAUUAAAAACUGUA